AAAAAAAAAAAUUGUAAAAAUUUGUGUAGUUGUUUUUUUUUAUAUUUUUUGUUAAGUUUGGAGUUGUUUGCAAUGAAGGAUUGGGCUCCGUCGAUCAUAGCAUCGGCUCUUUUUGCGUUCCUCAGCCCGGGAGUGAUCGCGCAGCUGCCGGGGAGGAAUCGACCGGUCGACUUCAUGAGCAUGAAGACUAGUUGGGCUUCCAUUCUGGUGCAUGCCAUCAUCUUUGGUCUCCUCCUCAUGUUGUUCCUUGUUAUCCUCCAAGCUCACCUCUACAUCUAAUUUAAGAUACUUUUGGUUUUGUGUUUCGAUCUGCAGGGGAACUAUUAGAACUAUUAGAGUUGUUUCGUUUACGUUUCGUAAUUUUACAAGUAUUUUGAUGCUUGUUUUGACCUUGGAUUGAUCGUAAAAGUAGUGUAAUUUUGUUAUCCGAAAGAUCAAUCUUAUAGGAAA